AUGAAGCUUUUUCCGACGCUAAGAGUAGACGAUAACAAAGUGUGCUACUGCUUCUUCCUUCCCGUUACAUCGGCAAAAGACGAUUUUUUACAGAUAGCAGAGCAGUACUGCAGUGCGUUCCAGUCAUUUGCAGCAGAGCAGACCAAGGGUUUUCUAUGGCACAAACACUACUUCCACCUCGACGUAACUCCGGUUAGCGAUGGGCGUUAUUAUUUGUCCGGAUGUUCAAGUGUUGGUGAUGCUAUCCAGGACGAAUGGGUCGUGGCCAAAUUAGUGUUUGACAUAACAAUCAAGUUUCCGGGUGUAGUCGGGCGUGUUGCUGACUCAGAUGGAGAGUUUUUGCUUAUUGAAAGUGCUGAAGCGUUACCAGAUUGGGUCAUACCUGAAGACAGCGAGCGUCGGGUAUUUGUGCUGAAUGGAAAACUACACAUUGCAUUGCCUCCAAUGACCAGCAAAAAAGGCAAAGAUGGAAGUUGGUACGAUGAAGAUGCAUUGAAACAAGUGCUGGACACCAGUGUAAAAACCGAGGUCAGUGCUGCAGUGCAGCAAUUGAUUCAGCACAAACUGGAUGAAGUACCGACCUAUAUGCGCGAGAACCGCCAUCGAGUGACGUGUUUGCUUCCCGAGAGAGCAGCACAUGUCAUUGCAAAGAAUGGAGAGCUAGUAGGUCCGGCGGUUGAAGCGUUCUACUACCGAGAACCGAAGCAGACUGGCCUCGUGUGUAGCAAGAUGGCAACAAUCAUGCCAGAAGGAGAUAAAGUAGUAGAACAGAGAGUCACAUUCUCGAGAGCCAUGUUUGCUCAGCUCAAGUACCAAGAAUUCUUCCCACCAAAGCCCUUUCUUAGUCGUGAUGCACGCUACCGUGCGGCGGACAUUGGCGUUAAACUUGCCUGUGGUCUAGAGCUGUUAUAUGCUGGCGAUCACAAAGACCAACUUGGACGACCCUGGAAAAAGAAAGUUGAGGAAGCGCUCCAACAUAAUAGCGCAAAGCUUUCGACGCAACCGACUGAGCCAGACGAUAGUGAUUCGUGGAUGUACAUGCACCCUGACACGCUGGAAACCCAACUGCAGCGUGCUGCUACGGCAGUGGAUGCUUCCACUGCUGGUGGUGCUGACGAACUGCAGAGCAUGGCCGACAUGUUUGGCAAAUUUGUGGAUGGAGUUUCCGGCGUUGAAGGUGUAGAAGGUGUGAAGCUUGUCCAGUUCGACAUGAGCUCCUUCAUGACAAUCUUGAACGGCCAUGAAGCGAGGAGUAAGGGCGCUGCAGGCUUGGAUGCACCAUGGGGAGAGCACUACAUGGACGAGGAUGAAAGUGACAGUGACGUUGAUUCAGUUCGGGAUGGAAGCGACGAUGGAGAUCUUGCUUUGGGUGAAGCAAUGGCUGAAAUGGAGGCGGAAUUGGCAGGAACCAAAGCUGCAAGAAGCUUCUCACCUUUCGAAAAACUGAAAAACAAUGAGAAGGAGGUUGAGCCUUCGCUUCAUACAGACGACAUGACGGACGAGCAAGUCGGCUCUGUGCCCAUUUCGUCAGCAAAACCACUAGACCUGGAUUAUAAUUUGUUGUCCAACUUGCUGGAGUCAUUUGCAGCUCAAGGGGGUCAUGCUGGACCUGUUAGCACCAUUCUGAAUGAGAUGAGCUUUUCUUAG